AAGUUAGACAGCAGUUGCUUGGCUGCAUUGACAGUGCUCCAAGGUUACCCUACUCUGCCCAUCCAAAUCCCAAUUUGCAGAGAUGGAGAACGGCACUCAGGGCAACAACUUCUACAUCCCCAUGAACAACAGGACGGGGCUUGUGAGGAAUCCUUACCAUUAUACACAGUAUUAUUUGGCGGAUCCAUGGUUUUUCAAACUACUUGCUGUCUACAUGUUCUUCCUGAUCUGCACUGGCUUCCCCAUCAAUGCUCUCACUCUGAUGGUCACAGCUCAGAACAAGAAGCUGCGGCAACCACUCAACUUCAUCCUGGUCAACCUGUCUGUGGCUGGACUGAUCAUGGUCUGCUUUGGAUUCACAGUCGCCUUUUAUUCUUCUCUAAUGGGCUAUUUCUCCUUGGGACCAACGGGUUGUGCAAUUGAAGGAUUCAUGGCUACUCUGGGAGGCCAAGUGUCCCUGUGGUCUCUUGUGGUUCUAGCUAUUGAGAGAUACAUUGUGGUCUGUAAACCCAUGGGUAGCUUCAAAUUUACAGCCACCCACGCUGCAACAGGUUGCGCCUUCACAUGGAUCAUGGCUGCCUCCUGUGCUGUUCCUCCUCUUGUUGGCUGGUCAAGGUACAUUCCUGAGGGUGUCCAGGUCUCCUGUGGACCUGACUACUACACUCUGGCUCCAGGCUACAAUAAUGAAUCAUUCGUCUUGUACCUGUUCACCUGCCACUUCUGUGUUCCUGUCUUCAUCAUCUUCUUCACUUACGGAAACUUAGUGUGCACAGUGAAGGCGGCUGCAGCUCAGCAGCAGGACUCAGCAUCCACCCAGAAAGCUGAGAAGGAAGUGACGCGUAUGUGCGUGCUGAUGGUGCUGGGCUUCCUCGUGGCCUGGACACCAUAUGCCAGCUCUGCUGCAUGGAUCUUCUUCAACAGGGGAGCUGCGUUCUCAGGCACAGCCAUGGCCAUCCCUGCCUUUUUCUCAAAGAGCUCGGCGUUGUUCAAUCCUAUUAUCUACGUGCUGAUGAACAAACAGUUCCGUAACUGCAUGCUGACUUCUGUUGGACUGGGCGGUAUGGUGGAAGAUGAGAGCGCAUUAUCAACCAGCAAGACAGAAGUGUCCUCGGUUUCCUGAACACAGACGAAGCUCAACAACUCUAACAAAUAUUUCACAUGGACUGAAAACAUUGCACUUUGGACAGUUAUAUCACUUGGUUACAUUUUCCAAGAAAUACUGCAUGUAACGAGAAGUCAUCUAAAAGCCCUCACACAUCGUAGAGUAAGUUCUGAUGUCUGGUACAAUGUGUGAAGUUUGCAGUUUUCUCUUAUAAGGUGGAACCUUUAGUCAAAGUAUAGUUCUGCUGUUAACCCAAAGGAAAAAUCAAUAUAACUUCUCACAACAGUGACGCAAAAUGUGCUGUUAUCUGGCAGUCAAACGAUUCCCAUGAGUGUCAGGAGUGUUUUUUAUUCUUAUUGUUAUUAUUUCAGCCAUCAUCAUCUUCAUAAAAAUGUUCCAGCACUUAUCUUGUUCAGCUCUAUAUAAAUUUUUGGUGGUUGUUAGAGGAACAGAAUUGAUUUUCUUGGGCAAUUGUAUAUAUUUUAUAAAUACUAUAAAUACUAAUAUUUUAAAUGUAGGUAAAUAAAUGCAUGCAUCCAAACCUG